AUGAAUGAGUAUCGAGUGCCAGAGUUGAAUGUGCAGAAUGGUGUGCUCAAGUCACUGGCCUUCAUGUUCGAGUACAUAGGAGAGAUGAGUAAGGACUACAUUUACGCAGUGACGCCGUUGCUUGAGGACGCGCUGAUGGAUAGGGAUUUGGUGCAUCGACAGACAGCUAUGUCAGCUGUGGGUCAUAUGGCGCUAGGCGUUUACGGAUUUGGUUGUGAAGACGCCUUAUUGCAUCUCCUCAACUACGUCUGGCCGAAUGUCUUUGAGACAUCGCCUCAUGUCAUUCAGGCUUUCCUGUGUGCCAUAGAAGGCUUCAGAGUGGCAUUGGGUCCUAACAAGCUCAUUCAAUAUGUCCUGCAGGGUCUGUACCAUCCAGCUCGAAAAGUGCGUGACAUAAUGUGGAAGGUGUAUAAUACGAUCUACAUUGGUAACCAGGAUGGUUUAGUCUACGGAUUCCCUAGGAUUAAAGACGAGGAGAAGAACACAUACGUUCGGCAUGAAUUGGACUACAUUCUUUAA